AUGUCUAACGCCACGGAAGCCAGAGAGCUUGAGCUCUGCGGAAAGGUAGAAAUGAGAAUCGCACUCGCCGAAGACAGUAAAUUACAAGCGCUUCUUACCACUUACCUCCCACCUCUACUUCUUAAGUUAGGUAGUGAGCACGCCUCGGUGCGUAAUAAGGUUAUUUCGACAUGUCAGCAUAUCAAAAUUCGACUAGCUGGGAACCAGAGCAUCGUUUUGCCAGUUGCAAAACUUUUAGCCCAAUACAAGGAGAACCCAAAUGUCUCCAUGAUUCGUCAUUUCGAUCUCAUGUUCAUCCAACAGUCUAUAGGCAAGCUGUCGUCGACAGAGCAAAUGAGUUUGCUUCCAGUUUUAUUGCAUGGCCUUGCAAACGAUGCGGGCAAGCCGACCUGUGCCACUAUUUUCAAUCUUUUCCUGCGUUUGCUCCCACAGUUGCGAAUUCCACUACGUGGUAGCAAAGAAGACAACGAAUUAAGGAGCGAGAUUGGGCUGGAUGAUCAUGUACAAGACGCGAAGUUUGUGGCUCUCUGGUUCAGUAAAUUGAUACUCCUCACCAUUGUUCGGUCUUCCCCUUCCGGUGUCACCUGCCCUGGGUUGACGGCCUCAGAGUACGAGUUUCUCACUCUGAAUGGCAAGUCGGAGACUUGGGAUCCAACUGCCGAAGAAGGGCUGAGUCUAAUCCAAACAAAGAUUGUAGUCCUCGCUUUUCUUUCCAGUGGCGCUUUCACUGAUGAGGAGCGUUUUCUGCCCGCGUUGUUCGCUUCUGGGGACACAAAUUCCCGUAUUUCAAGUGCUGGAGAGGACAUGCUCAAGAGAUCUAGUGUUUCUCUUGAGGAUUCCGAGUUAAUUGCGACCCUACUCAACACGUACUUUACACUAAAGCCAGCUCUACAAACAAGGAUACUUGUGUUGCUGAGUAAAUCCGCAGUAUCCACCACUUUUCCACAUCAGGUCAUCAAAAUAGUGCAACAAGCUAUUCGACCCGAUGACAGCAUCAAUGUUCCGGCAAAAGGUCUUGAGACAAUGAAAUUUCGGAAUGCACUGUUCAACUAUAUGAAUUGGGUUUCCAAAGUCGCAUCCGCCACAGACAUUGCCCAGGUCGCCCCUUCACUCGUCGGCUUUCUCAGAAGCUACAUCGAAGACCAAGGCUGGCCUGUUCCUCAUGAUAAAGCAGACAAUGAAGCAGUGGCGCUUCGAGCUUUAGCCUAUGAGACUAUUGGAUCACUUGCAAAGACCACACCCUCCAUAGCACUAGAAAAGGAUCUUUCACUAGUAAGGUGGCUUUUUCGAUCAUUGACAGAAGAAGAGUCGUCAGGCACGAUCUUUGUCAGCAUUGAAGGAUCUCUAUCAAGCUUGCUCAAUGUAUUUUCCACGCCAUUGGAUCCAGAGCUCAUUCCCCAGUUGCGCGGUCUGUUACUAAGAUAUAUGAAUCUCUCGGAUGAAGAGGUUGUCAGAAGUGCCCGCUUUUCGACCGCAAGGUGGGCUAAUCGAUGUCUGGAGUAUAGCGAUAUUGUGGCAAGAUGGAUAGAUAUAUUAGCAUUGGGAGGACGUAAGGAUGAGCGAAGCGAUGUGGUGGAAGAAGGGAAGAAAGGACUAGACCCUUAUUGGUAUCAGUUAUUGAGUAGCAGUACAUCAGCUGCUAUGAGUGAUUGUCCAUUACCGAACUGGGGCGAGAUGGUAAAAGUCUUUUUCACCGGUCAAAGUAUCCUCGAGAAUUCCGUGGAGUCAAACAGUAUGAAAAGUGGUAUGGAAGUUGAUUCCGUAUCGGUCUUUGGCAAUUUUGCUGGAGAAAAAAUAAACGCAUUCGCGCCUGCUGUAAGCUACUGCCGGCGAAUGCUUCUUCUUGGUGCGCUCAAAAAUUCAGACAUCUCUUUUGAAAUUGAUGCGGACUGGGAACGCCAAUUGGACAUCCUGUUUCGUUCCGAUAAAUCGUCUCGCAGCAUUAUGAAAGCCUACAUCAAAACUAUGCCCGAAGAUGCACUGCAGAUAUACCUGUCAGCCGCGCUAGAAGGUAUGCUUGGGAAAGAAGGUAACGGACUAGGAGAUUGCGGGAAAUGCUUGCUCGACAUCCUGUCUCUGGCGCCUAGCAAAGUUGUUGGAAGCCAAGCUGAAAGAGCUGUUGAACUUUUACCAUGUAUCAAGUCCAACAACGCGGCUACUCGAGAAAUAUCUGCUCAAGUCUUUGGAAUUCUCGCUGCCCAUCCGACCACAAUGAUCGAAUCAGUCGAGAAGGUAACUCGCUCACUGUUAGUGGAGAUCAAAUCUUGGUCGUCGGCAAUUGGCGCGGAAUUGAACAAAGUUUCAGGUGCUAUACUUGCUAUAGGAUUUUUGACCAGCAGAAUUGCGUUCUAUGGUCGCUCAGAUUCACUGAAUGAAAACAUGAUACAAGAGUCGGUUGAUACUCUUCUGUCCGUUCUUGCUGACGUAAGAGAUGGCUCUACCAAGGAAGCUGUCCUUAAUGCACUGGGCCAGAUGAGUGCCUCUGGGAUCUUGACCACUGAAAGAAUCGACAAGUCGUCAAUGACAGUGGACAGUCUAGUGGGGCUAUUAGCCACGGAAUCUAAAAAGGGCAACGAGAGGGCAAUAUCCGCACUUGGUCGACUAUCUGUCGUGUUUGAAGAUGAGUCGGAAACACUUCUUUCAAUAUUCACAACAUUGUACGGACUUUUCGAGCUCAAACAGGCCGAAGUUCAUUUCACUGUUGGCGAAGCUCUUAGUACUGCAAGUGCUUGUUGGCAAUCAGAAGCACUCAUUCUUAGCCUUGACGUCGAUGCCGAUUUCAAAGGACGACCUGGACGCUCAUCUGCCAUCGAGAGUGUUAUUACUCGAUUACUGAGGGACUGCAAAACGACCAAGCCGUCACUGAAGAAAGCUUCGGGAAUAUGGCUGUUCUCCGUCAUAUCUAACAAUAGCCGCCAUGAUCAAGUGCAAUCUCGCUUGAGAGAGUGCCAAUCCGCAUUUAUGGGCCUCCUCUCCGCGCGGGACGACUUGGUACAGGAGACAGCUUCGCGAGGCCUCAGUCUUGUCUAUGAGCAAGGCGAUGCGGUCUUACGUAAACAACUUGUCAACGAUCUCAUGGCAUCUUUCACUGGGACCACCACUCAACUUAAAGUUGACGAAGAGACCGAAUUGUUCGAGCCCGGGGCGUUGCCCACUGGUGACAACAAGUCUGUUACUUCUUAUAAGGACAUUGUCUCUCUUGCGGAUGAGCUUGGAAACCCCAGCCUAGUGUACAAGUUCAUGGCAUUGGCACAAAAUGCUGCUACUUGGACUACUAGAGCAGCAUUUGGCAGAUUUGGUUUAUCACAAAUGCUCACGGAUGAGUCUAUUGUGGAUGCUGCGCUCAUCAAAAAGUUGUACCGGUAUAAAUUCGAUCCCAACCCUAAUGUCCAGCGGUCCAUGAAUGAUAUUUGGGGUGCACUUGUUAAGGACACCAGCAAAACCAUUGACCUCUAUUUUGACGACAUACUCGCCGAGUUACUGAACAGUAUACUGGCAAAAGAAUGGAGGACCAGGCAAGCUAGCUGUGCAGCGAUUGCGGACCUCGUGUCCGGGCGAGAAUUCGAAAAGUAUGAGAAACAUUUGAGUGAGAUCUGGUCCAAGAAUUUCAAGGUUCUUGAUGAUAUAAAGUUAUCAGUGAGAGAAGCUGCACUCUCUCUGAGUAUGUCGCUGACAGGAAUUCUCGUCCGUCAAGUCGAGCAAGGCGCAUCAGCGAAGGCCACAUCAAUGCUCAAGGAAGUUCUGCCAUUCCUCCUUUCCGAACAGGGAAUGGAAAGUUCGGCUGAGGAAGUUAGAGUGUUCGGAACCAUUACUGUUUUGAAGCUAAUAAAGAGCGGUGGCAAAGCAUUGCUACCUUUUGUUCCCGAUCUUGUCGAGAAGUUGAUAGGUCUACUAAGUACCUUAGAAGGACAAGGAGUUGAAUAUGUGCGUCUGCGCGCAGCCCAUUACAAUCUCACAGAAGAGAAAAUAGAUAAUGCCAGAUCGACGGCUGUGUCGCAGUCACCAAUCAUGGAGGCCAUUGAACGUUGUCUUGACAUACUGGAUGAAGCGUCCAUGCAGGAACUUGUACCUCGGCUUGAGAAUGCCAUCAAAACGAGUCUUGGAAUGCCUUCAAAAAUUGGAUGCGGUGGUGUUCUGGUCAGUCUCGCAACGCGGCAUAGUUUUGUUUUCCGGCCGCACGCGGAUGUGUUCCUGAAGUUACUAGAGAAAGCAGUUCUAGAUCGAAAUAACGCAGUUUCCGCUGGCUACGCCAGAGCUUGUGGGUAUUUGACACGUCUGGCAAGCGAUAAUAGUGUCACGCGGCUGGCAACAUACUCGAAAAAGCUAUACUUUGAUGCGGAAGAUGAGACACGUCGGCAGAUAUCUGCUGAUAUCAUCUACUCCGUAUCGAAAUUUGCAACUGAUCGAUUCAACGCCUAUGCUUCCGCCUUCUUACCUUUUGUAUUUUUCGCGAAACACGAUUCCGAUGACCACGUGAAAGAGCAAUACGAAAAAACCUGGAGCGAAAACGUUGGUGGGUCUCGAGCUGUGCUUUUGUAUUCAAAGGAGAUCAUUGAUCUUGCCAUCCUGAACCUUGAUUCAGCGAAAUGGACUAUAAAGCACACCGCUGCAUUAUCUAUCGCGGAAGUGGUCAGUUCUUCCGGGUCGGAAAUAAGUCUGGUAAAUGCUACUGAACUCUGGCCAGGACUAGAGAAGGCGCUGUCGUUAAAGACUUUUGACGGCAAGGAAGUUGUCCUAGAAGCAUUCUUGAAAUUUGUCAAAGGCGCGAAAUCUCUGUGGCAAGGCAAUCCAGCAGUGGCUUUGCAAAUGAAGAAAAUCGCUAUCCGGGAGGCCAAGCGAAACAACGAUAAUUACAGACCCCACUCUUUCGAUAUCUUGGGCAAAUAUGCCGAGCUCAGAACGGACAUUGAUAUGUUCACAGAUGUGGAGAACACCGUUUUGGCAAUAGUCGAAGAGGCUAUAAGUGAGGACAAGAUGGACAUAGAUGAGGACACAAAGAGUGGGAAAAAGGACGACUUGUUGAUUGCGAAUGGCCUAUCUGCUCUGUUUCGUGCUGUCAACGUGCGCCAUAAAGAGUCACUUCCAGCAUCUCACUUGCCUGCACUGCUGGGAAUUUCCACCAAAAUCCACAAGUCAAGUAAGAUAACCGCGGCAACGAAGGUAGCAUUCUACGAGCGAAUGAAAGCACUUUUUGAGGGCUUGAGCGAACAAGGAGCCAGGUCAAGCGAUUCGCAAUAUCAGUUAGCUACCGAAUUCUUUGAGCUAUUGGAAAUCCCAAGUGGUUCAGGCACGGAAGUUAUGCGAACCAAGAGGGGAGAAGCUGCUUGUUCGCUCGCUCGAGCCGUUGACGAGGAUAUAUUUGGUGAUGUGGAGGAAGACAGAAGCCUGUGUAAGAAGGCAAUAAGAACAUAUCUGAUUGAGGGUUUGAGAGUCGAGAGGAGUCCGCAAGUCAAGGCCACCUUUGAGAAGGCGAUGAAAAACUUAGACGGAUAA